AUGCAUGAGCCCAAUCCAGCUACAGAUGUGCGGGGAAAUGCAGGGGCGGCUGCCGCGGCGAGCUUGACCUCGUCCUUGGCGCAGCCGCGAGCCCCGGAGAAGGUGUCUUCAGCCUUUGAUGUCCUUGGGGUGAGCCCUCCCAAGACUACUUCAGCUGCUCCUGACCAAGGUGAGAGAUUCAUCGCUGCCCUGACGGGUGAAAGAAAGAGCAUCCCCUCGUGGAGCGGGCAGCCUGGAACUCUGAGGUCGUGGUUGAAGCUGCUGGCUUGUUGGGAAGCUGAAACAACCCUCCAUCGUGAAAAGUGGGGACUGCGCCUUUAUCAGUCGUUUCCAGAAGGUUCCCAGCCACGUAAAAUCGCAGAUCAAAUCCCUAUGUCGGAGCUUCUUUCUUCCAGCGGCUAUGACCUUGUCUUGACGGCUCUGAUGGCUAAAUACCGUCCUUUUUUGGACAUAGCUGGCCCAGCGAGCAUAGACAAGUUCUUCUUCAGUGGAGACAGAGCCCGUGGAGAAAGCUUUGCGAACUUCUUGGCUAGCAAGGAAAUUGCCCGCCAAGAACUGGAAACGAAUCUAGGCGAAAGAUUGAAUGAGAAGGUGGCGGGAAGGAUAUUGCUUCGUCAAGCCCAUCUAUCAGAUCUGCAACGUGAGCUGAUCUCGCUUCGAGAUCAAUCUACGCUGAUGAGCUUCGAGGAGGUCGCCAAGAUGCUUAGGCCCUUGGACAGGCCGGAAAUGAUUGCUCAGGCGGCCAACGCAGAACUGGGAUCCGCAGCAGCCUCCAAACACUAUCCGGUGAUCUACCACGACCAGCAUGUCCAGCAGGAGUACGAGGAGGCAGGCCACGAGGAAUCGGAGGAAGAAGAGGUUGGGGACGAAGACGAAGAAGUUCCUCCCGACGGCGAGGACCUCCAGAUCUACUUUGAGGACAGGACUUACGACGAGGAUGAGUCCCUGUAUCUGGCCGCUUACCACUCAGCCUAUGCUGAUGUGAGAAAAGAUCUUCGAGACCGUCGCAAGGAGCGAGGAUUUAUCAAGCACAACAAGGCUCCUCCGAGGGCUCGCAGCUCUUCGAAGUCUGCCCCAAAGGGUCGAGGACGAGGUCGUGGCUUCCGCCCGAGAGCAGCAUCCAAAGGUGGUCCGAAGAUGCUUCGCGGAUCUAUGGAGGAUCUUCAGAGCAGGACAAAAUGCUUCAAUUGCCAAGAACUGGGCCAUUAUGCCCGAGACUGCCCAUUGAAGGGUGGUGCAGGCGGAAAAGGGACCCCAGCGGAUCGCAAAAUGAACUUUGUGGUGUCCCGCGGCUCUGGUGGAGGACACGUCUUCAUGCAUCUCUCACAAGCGGCCUGGGCCACGACGAACAAUCUUUCGGCCCAGCCUUCAGCGGUCAUGCGCAGGACGAUUGCGGUGUUCGCUGGGAUUCAAGUGAGAGGAUGUGAUGCAAUUGUCGAUACGGCUGCUGAAGAUGCGGUCAUCGGCGUCACGGCCAUGGAAAACCUCAGGCGCGAACUGCCUGGCUGCGGACUGCAGCCCCAGGUGGUUCCUCGAGAUGGCCCUGCCGUUCCUUGUGCAGGAAUCGGUGGCGAAGCAACCCUGGAAAGCAUUCAGGAUGUUCCGGUCGCCAUCGCUGGCAUUCACGCCUUGCUGAGGUUUCAUGUGCUUCGAGACGGAGAAUUUACCACUCCACCCUUGCUGCCCAUCAGUUUUCUUGAGGCAGUGGGCUCCAACAUUGACCUGCCCACAGAGAAGCUCACGACGUCUUCCGGAAGCUCAACCUCUAUGACAAGGCUCGCAUCAGGACACCGCACAGUUUCCAUUUUGGACUUUCGAGGACGACAGUGGUCACUCCCCAAACAGCUUCGGGUGGCCAAUAAGGAUCCGUUUCAGUCCGCCACGGCCACCAAUUCGGCUUGGAUGGGACACUCGUCCUCUACAGCAUCCGGAACUCCUUCUUCUUCGCAAUUCUCGAACCACAAUUUUGGGGGGAGUGGUGAGAACUCCAAUCCGAAUGCUCGCCGAGCGAAAUCGAUGUCCGUUCCGGCGUCCUGGGUGACUUUCAGGGCGGGCGAAGAUGUGGAGGCAAAGGCUAUCUUCAUGAUGCAGAAUGACCGUUGGUCGAUGCAAGACAUGGAGGAGAUGUUGCACAUGCUCCAACCGGCUCGCUUGGACCACUUUCGGGCCAUCGUGAAGACGACGAAUGUUCGAGGAUCCGAUCAUCACAGAUCCUUUGCAGCGGCUUUCGGGGCUUUCGCUCACGGAUCAUUUGUGGGAGUCACCAAAGCCACUCGAAGAUACCCGAACUUGUCCAAGUACAUUGCCCUGUGGUUCAGGCACCAGGUGCCGCAGUCUUCGUUCAGUUCCUUCAGUGUGGCAUCAAAUACCAGUGCCCCUUUGCACCGAGAUGUGAACAACAUCGCCGACUCCCAGAAUCUUUCGGUUUCCUUCGGCAAGCACAAAGGUGGCUCGCUGUGGAUCCAAAACACCGGCACGGAGGUAUGGUCCAAGAAGAGCAAAACAGUCAGGGGACCUCAAGGGCAGCUGAUCGAGGGGAGUUUGGUCCAAACGUAUCAUCGUGUUGUUCAGUUUCCUCCCAAACUUUGGCAUGAAGUGACAGCAUGGAAAGGGUCUAGGAUUAGUCUGACGGCCUACACAUCUCGGGGAGUGGACUCUAUGAGCUCAGAGGACUUGCGGGAACUCCGUGACCUCCACUUCCCCCUUCGUGACCCUGUCAAGGCGCAGCUGCUCUGUGAACAUGUGGAAUGGCAGGAUGAAGAACAGCAUGAAUCACAAGCAAGACAUGCAGAGUAUGAUCUAGAGCAUGUCUUUGAAGAGGUGAAUCAAUCGUUCAACGCGACUCCUGCCCCCUCAGCAUCCUGGUUCGAGCGAAUGAUUUCGCGAGCAGCCAAGUGGAUUCUCAAUUCGAACAGCCGUCCAGACCUGCCGAAAAAGAAGCUGGGCAUCGCGAAGAUCGAGGCAGCCUGGCGACGGAUCACGUUUCGGAUUCUGAUGAUGUUGGCGACGGCCAGGCAGCAGAUGGUGGUGGACGAGUUCUACUUGAACGACGAACUCAAGGAGGAGCAGAAGGCCGCCUCCAACGAGUUGCGCAAUGCCAAGGACAAGAAGAAGACCGCGAAGUCCGAGCACAUCAAUCAAGGGAUCGGCCAACCUUUGUCGAGGUCCAAGGCCCACAAGACCUUUGCGCUGGAGCCGAGUGCAUGCCAGCAUCCCCCGGACAAGCUGAGAUGCCGUGCGAACGCAAACUCCCAAUGGUGGACGUGCACCCUCUGCGGCAGCCGAUGGCAGAGAAACGACAUGGUGGAGACGAUCAAGGAGAAGCUCCCGGCCACAUCCGAGAACGAGCCCAAGCUCAUGGGGCGCCGCGGCCAGGAGUUCCCGAAGUUUCUGCCGGCACCUCGGAGCAGGCCACAACAAGGGGACAAGACGGUCGAGUUGGACAACUAUGGUCGUCCCAAAGCUUUGGCUUCGGCAUCUUCGAGCGAGACGGGUGGAACGGGUUCAAUGCCGUCGACCACGAGUCGCCCCCAAAGGGCACGAGCCUCAACAGACGCUCGGUCACCUUCGAGGACCCGUCCGACAUCCCACGGAACAAGGAUGAUUCAGCCUCUCAAGAAGAACUCCGACCCAGCAGCUCACGAGACCUACGAGAUCAACACCGACGAGGAAACGUGGUCCGACGAGGAGAUGCAGCAGGUACUUUUGGAUGCGGCGACCAUCAAUGACAACUCCCCGGCACCACUGAGGAAGCUGAAGCGAGAACUGCAAAACCAAGGUUGGGUAGUGAAAACGCUCCUCUUGUUGAUCACGUGGGCGAGUACGGAUUGGGCCAAUCUCGGCCCCACCUUUUUGGGACUGCCCAGGACGAUGAUGGUUUGGGAACCCGAUGCUCAACAUUGGUCCACGAGCUCUACUGUUUCAGGUUCCACCUCAACGACGUCAUCCUGGUGCUGCUACAUCUUCGAGGACAAGAUGCAAAAGUUCAAUUGGGUCAUGGACUAUGUCGGCCAAUCGAUCAAGGAGUUUCCCGACAACAACCUGAAGGUGCUGAACAAGGCGACCAAGGAACAUCUUGCCGGCAUGAUGAAGACGCUGGCAGAAACGGAGUCAAGUGGAUUGAAAAGUCCAAAGGAAGUGGGUUCUUCUUUUGAUUUGAACAAGGGCUGGGACUUCACUCUGGGAAGUCAUCGAAAGGCGGCUUUGCAGUUGAUCAACUCGAAACGACCUUCUGUGAUCCUGCUGGGCGAUGGAAGGACGACAGCCACUACGACAUGGAGUCCAUCGAACAGCGAAACAGCACAUUCGAGAUCCACUACAACUGCGAGUCCAUCAAACAGUGAAGCAGCACAUUCGAGAUCCACUACAACUGCGAGUCCAUCAGACAGUGGAGCACAACAUGCGAGAUUCACUGCGUCCUUGGCACAGCUACAGCUAGCAGCCAAUCGUGGGUUCAUCGUAGAACAUCCUUCCACGGAAUCUCUGAACGACCUGCAGAGCCUUCUACAGCAUCCCCAAGUGUAUCGGAUGCAGCUACAACAUGGUGAACAGUCCGGGAGGGGCCCCACCAUCCUGAUCACCAACCUGGAGUUCAUUACGACAACAUUGUCCAAGCGUCUAUCUCAGAAACCGAUGCCGCUACCCCGGGGACCUCUCACGCAACAGGAAAAGCAACUCAACGUCUUCGUGGAGUUCCUCUUGAGUGGAAUACGGCAUCAUCUUCGUCAAGGCCGUUGUCAGGUGCCCCAACUUCAGGACAGCUGGUCCCUGGACGCCAUUCAGCUGUGUUGCCGACACUUCCAACCACGACUACGCCCUACUUCGCCCAGUCAAUGCCACGCCUACAAUAUCAACCUUCUCAAGUUCACGGGCAGGAGACAGAUUGAAAAACACUUCGUCGGCCGGCCAUCCAAGGUGGACGUCGAUGAUUGGCGUGGAAGCUCGGACAAGCCCGAGCAGCUUCCCUGGGUUGGCGUUACCUACUUUGAACUUGAGCCACAAACGCUGGUCUCGGAUUCCUUCAAGGCCUACGCAACGUGGCUGGCCGCAGGAGCUGCCCACCAUUUGAGCUCCUACCAGACUACUGAGGCCAUCUUCCAACAGGAAUGGCGCUCAAUUUUUCCAUCGCACAAUAUUUUGGGGGAGGAGGCACGCGCAAAUCGUGCUCACCCUCCUCACGACAUGCACAACGACUUCGACCUCGACAAUUCCGAGGUCGGCUCCCGUGAUGCAGGAGCCCAAGGAUACCGUGACGAUGAUCGUGGAACUGCGAUGGAGUUGGACUCUGUCGAUGAGACCAUGGUCAGGAACGAACUUCGAGAUCUCAAAGUUCCCGAACUACCGGAACCCGAGGUGAUGGACCCCGAAAUUCCGAGCCCACCAGCGGACAUUCGUCGAGAAGUUUACAGGAUCCACCGCAACCUGGGCCAUCCGGACACAGCGACCCUGGUUCGAGCACUCAAGCACGCGGGUGUAAAGCCAGAAAUCCUCAAAUGGGUUCGGAAGAAGUUUCAGUGCCCUAUAUGCAAGCAAAAGAAGCCUCCUGCUCAGCAUCGCCCGGCACAUCUGGCGGCAAGGACGAUGCCAUUCAAUGAGGUCGUGGGUGUGGACCUCUUCUUUGUAGACCGCAAAAUAUUCCUCAAUGUGGUCUGCUGGGGCACCAACUACCAGAUUGUCGAGAUCAUUGAGGACAAAACGUCUUCCUCAGUGGCGCUGGCCAUGGCCCAGGCGUGGUUGGCGCACUACGGACCGCCAAUGAUGGUGGUUUGUGAUCAAGGCACUGAGUUCACCGGAAAGGACUUCCUGGACCUCAUGAACGACAACGGCACGGUGGUGCACUUCACGGACACCGCAUCACCAUGGCAGAACUCGAGGACGGAAAAGGCGGGCGGGAUCUUCAAAUCACGCCUCGCCAAGGUCUGCCAGGAUGCGGCGGUCACUACAGACCGGGACUACAAAAUUGCCGUGGCCGAGACGGCGAUGAUCCACAACAUGUACUACGACCGAAGCGGAUUCAGUCCGCAGCAGAGAGUUUUCGGGACGAAUCUCCGAGUGCCGGCCUCCCUGCUUUCAGACGAUUACGUCGAUCGAGAUCUACUGCAAGAACCUCAGAGUGACUAUAUGAAAAGGAGUGCUGAGAUCCGAGAAGCUGCCGCCAAGGCUUGGAUGGAGCGCCAGGACUUCGAGGCGAUCUCCCGAGCUCUGAAAACCAACUCGAGAACUGUGGACGCGAUCCAGAUCCGUGCCGGAGACCGAGUUUAUGUUUGGAGGACCACCCCAGAAUUUCGUGGCUGGUCAGGUCCCGGAGUGGUGAUCCAAACUACGGAGAACGGCCGCUCGCUUUGGAUCAGUCUGAGAGGCUACCUUCUGAAGGCCUCUCGAGAGCAAACCCGUUUGGCCACGACUGAGGAGAAUUUCGGAGCAGAAUUGCGGAAGAUUCUGGCGAAAGGAAUGCUGGAAGACUUCGAGAAGGGAUCCUUGAAGCACUAUCGCGACGUUCAGGAUGAGGGCUUUCCAGAUGACGAGGUGAAGGACUACGAGCUCUCGGAAUACGCCCCGUCGGAGGUGGAAGAGCUUACUCCUCAAGAAGCAGAACAGCUUGGUCUUCAACCUUUUGAUGCUCUUCCUUCUGCGCCCUCGACCGAGGUACUCCCGACCAUUCCUGAAACACCUAUCCCGAUGGAAGUAGAAGCGAGCACCCGUCCCCCCUCGGAACCCAGUCCUUCGGAGCCGGUGCUAUCGACGACUACUUCCAGGAGACCCAGCAUCCGGGUGGACGAGGCAAGCUCUGGAGAGAUGGUUUUCGGUCCGAUUCGGGAGACCCGUCCGAGUCCAAUGCCAUAUCCGAUGACCUCUCCGAUCCCCUCGUGGCCAUCACCAGGCCAACCUCAUGCGUACCUGGAGGUGAUGAAGUCCGAUGACCACUCCGAGAAGGUGAAAUGGUGGACCGACAAGGCUCGCAACCGGAGAUUGCCUGUUCCGUCGUCCCCCAAGACCUUCCAGAGUGAUGAAGCUCAUGCGGUUUAUCAUCACCAAGAAAAGCGGAUGUUCCUCGCCAAGAAAGUGGACCCUCCGGGACACGUGGAUUUUCGGCGUCUUCACGAGAAGCUCAAGAAGGUGUUCCGCAAGUCCCGGGCCAAAGAGAUCAAGAGCCUCCUCGACAGUGGCGCCAUCAAGAUCCUGACCCUGGAGGAGUCUGCACAAUUCGAAAGGGAUCAUCCGGAACACGUCUUGACGAGCCGGUACGUGGACCGCUGGAAGCCCGCCGAGGAUGGUGCCACACUGCCCGAUCACUUCGACGCCUACCACAUCGCCAACGCUGACAGCGAGGAAGUGGGAGCGAAGUCCCGAUGGACCGUGGUAGGGUGGCGAGAUCCAGACGUACACGCCAUUGAGCGCUCCGCCCCGACUCCGCUCACUACAUCCAUCUACUUGGCAAUGCAGACAGCGGCCACCAAGAAGUGGGGAGCGUUUGUACGAGAUGUGAAAACAGCUUUUUUACAGUCGAUGCCGACUACGAGAAAACAAAAAUUAGCAGUCAGGAUGCCAUCUUGCGAGCACUUUCCUGAAUACCACCCCAAGCAACUCAUAUUGCUAUUAACAGAAAUUUAUGGGUUGGUCUCAGGCCCAGCAUGGUGGCGCAGGUCUCUCCUAGCGGUGCUGGUCAAGGAACUCGGCUACUCCGUGUCCCCGUACGACAAAUGCGUCCUCACACUCAAGGCGGACCCCUUGGAGAAGCUCGAGGACCAGAAAAGCACUCAAGGCAUCAUCGUGAUCGAGGUGGAUGAUGUUCUGGAAGCCGGAGGAGAGCGACACAGAGAAAAGAUGAAGGCUUUGGAAAGCCGUUUUCGCUUUGGCAAAGUCACCAGUCUUCUAGACACGGCAUCAGGCUCGGGUUAUGCCGGCCGCAGACUCAAGCAGAGCCCCGACUUCAGCUUCAGCUACAGCAUGUCUGAUUACGUAAGCAAUCGACUCCGCUAUGUGGACGUGACCCGGAAGUUCACCAAGAAGGACGCCCCGAACAUCAAGCUCACCGCCGAUGAGGAAAGCCAGCUGCGUGGUGUUAUAGCUGCUCUGAACUGGGCGGCCCGUGAGGGCCGACCCGAUGCGUCGGCAACAGCAAGUAUCCUCGCAGGGUGCUUUCCAAAUCCAACUAUGGCGGACGUCAUUGCCGUCAACCAGGUGGUGCAGUUCGUCAAGGCUAAGAAGGUGGACCUCAAGAUUCACGCCAUUGCCGAAGACAAGGUGCGCCAUGUCGUCAUCUCCGACUCCGCAUUCGACCCGACUGGGAAAUCAAAACCACAGCAUGGUUGGCUGCAAGGCAUCACCAGUCCGGCACUAAAUCUGGGAGAGAAGGCCCCUGUGAGUUUGAUUUCGUGGAAAUCCAGAAAAAUGAAACGGAAAGCCGGAAAUACGCUUCUGUGUGAGUCCAUCGCUCUCUCGACGGCGAUGGGGGCCCUGGAACGUCAAGUGGCCACUUGGGAGAGCUUCACCAAGUCCGACUACAACCCCUGCGAGUGCGUCGACGACGAGGACGACCUGGACGACCUCCCUACGGUUCUGGCGACAGAAGACCCUCGAUACACGGACCCGAAGAGCGUGGCGAUAGCUGAUGCCAAGUCCCUCUUCGAUGCGCUUCACGCGGAACAGUCUCACGGUGAAGACGAUCGCUCUGCGCUGGAGAUUGCUAUCAUUCAGCAGUCCCUGGAGCGCCUCAAAGGACGCAUCCGUUGGGUACCACAUAAUGAAAAUCCGGCGGACGGGCUCACCAAGCUUGCUGGAGCACACAUGGAACCGAUGUACCGUUUGUUGCAGUCCAACAGCUAUGCCAUCGAGAAAGAAGAAACGGUACUGAGCCGCGGUAGACAGGGCGAAUGUCGCCUCAAACGAGGCGGGAGCACAGUCGACAAGAAUUUUGGGGGCUGA